GAAUGAAUAAAACUAAAAUUUCAUUCAUCUAUGAUUAAUACAAACAAAAUUGGUCGACAAAUCAACGGAUCAAAUUGAACAUUAUUCAUCGAUCACCAACGACGACGGUGAUCAAUUUAAAAAGCUUUGUUACAUUGUGAUCAUUUUAACAUUCAUCGGUUUUUAACAUUGACAAAGCCAAAGAAGAAAAAAAAACAUUGUCAAAUAUGUCUGAAUUUGAUAAGACAGUUGAAUCUAUUCGCCAGAAAUUGAUUCCAAUACGUGAUAUUGUCGUACGUAUGCAUUCAAUUCUUAUCUGGAACAAAUCUUAUCAUGCACCGUGCAUUAUCAUGUUGGUCACUUUUAUUUUCAUGUGUCUAUGGCUAGUACAAGUACCUAUUAUUUCAAAAAUCUGUUUCAUUGGCAUAAUAGCCACAUUAAUCGAUUAUUUUCUACCAUUCCUUAAUGAAAUUUUUGCAUUACCUAAAUGGAAUGAUUCAGCUGAACAAUUAUUCAACGAUGAAUGCCAUUUGAUUGCAGAAACAUGGAUAAAUGUAAAGGAAUUUUAUCAACUAUUCUGUUCAUGGAAAUAUACAAAGACUAAACUUUAUUAUUCGACAUUGUUAACAACAUUGAUGGCUAUUGCCUGGAUUGGUACACAGAUUCAUAAUUUAUUGUUGCUAUACAUGGCCACAAUGUUUAUCGUAUUGUAUCCAGGACUUUCACAUUAUAAUAUGAUUGAAGAUUUUUUUCUUGCCAUUCAACGACGAUUACGAUCACUAUUUUCCAAACAUAGGCCAAUGAAUCCACCGAAAAAAACCAAUUGAAAACAGCUUGUAAUUGAAAAAUUUGUUUUCUUUUAUACAGAUCUUUAUUUAUAGCAGCUUAUUGUUAGUUAUACAUAUAUGAUCAUUAUGUAUGAUCUCUUUAAAAAAAAAAUAUUAAUAAACGUUUCCGAAUCAAUCUUAAUAGAUUCAUUCGAUUUGUUUGAAAAA